AUGGACUCUGGCUACUACAAAACCACCUGCGUUGACCAGAGCCCGCGACAGGCAAAAGCCGGGAGGCUCGAGCAUACGAUCAAGAAGGUUGUCGACACUGUCAAUACUAUACCGACACAUAAGAUGCCAGAUCUGAACGAGCGAGACCCUGCGAGAGCAGCCAACGAGUGGCAGAAUCUCCCAGGAAAUCAGCCCAACAACACCAAAGUACAGCGUGACAUAAUGAAUCUCAUUACGGCAAGGUACUCGCAGGUCGAUCCAAUCCACUACAGCACAAUCCUCGGAGGCCCGCAGGCGAAUGCCGGACACCUCGAGAGUGCCAUCAAAAAUUCCGACUAUCAAGUUAUCAUUAACAACCUCCACCGCAUGUCAAAGCUCUUGAAGCUGAUCCCGGAGGGCGAGACGCCUGAGAAUCGCGCAUUACACCUCACGCGCCGCGAAGCGUACAAGAAAGCUCUGCGCGCCUAUUAA